UCUUGGGAUGGAAGACUUCCUUUCUGUAGGUGACAGUUCUGGCACAGAGGAGGAUACAGACUCAACUGUCUUAUAUGGAACUUUGCGAGGAAGUGUUGUUGGAUUACGAUACUACACAGGGAUUGUUAAUAACAAUGAAAUGGUUGCACUUCAGAGGGAGCCUAAUAAUCCUUAUGAUAAAAAUGCAGUGAAAGUAAAUAAUGUGAACGGAGACCAGGUAGGCCAUAUAAAAAAAGAACUGGCCGCAGCGUUGGCAGGCAUUAUGGACAGCAAACUAGCGUUAGUUGAAGGGAUUGUCCCUUAUGGAGCCAAAAAUGCCUUUACCAUGCCUGUACAAAUGAGUUUUUGGGGACGAGAAGAAAACAAGGAAGCAGUGCUAGAUCAGCUAAAAAGGCACGGAUUUAAAUUGGCUCCCCCUCUGAAAGGUUCAGAAUGUGGUUUUGGAACCAAGUGGAUUUCUGGGAGAGCUGGUCCCAGUUACAGCGCUCCGGUUCAUGCUGCUGUGCAGUUGACCACUGAACAGCUUAAAAGCGAAUUUGACAAAUUGUUUGAGGAUCUGAAGGAAGAUGAUAAAACUUGUGAAAUGGAAGCAGCAGAGGCUGUUGGCACGCUCUUGCUUCCCCAUCAGAGGCAGGCUUUAGCUUGGAUGGUUUCACGUGAAAACAGUAAAGAUUUGCCACCGUUUUGGGAACAGAGAGGUGACUUCUAUUACAACAUACUGACAAACUUUGCAGAAAAGCAGCGACCUAAAAAUAUUCUUGGAGGAAUACUAGCUGAUGAUAUGGGACUGGGUAAAACGCUUACUACUAUCGCGCUGAUUCUCACAAAUUUUCAAGAUGGCAAGCCUCUUCCUGUUGAAAAGAUUGCAAGGGAUAAGUUUUGUGAGGAAUCCGAUACUAACACGAACAACGUUGGACAUGGACGGUGUAAAGGUGACAGCAAACUCAAGUCCAGUUCUAGCAAUGCGAUGGAGCCUGGUGUUUCUAACGUAAAAAAGUUUGAAGUGACUCCGCUGAAAUAUUCAAGAGAUAAAGCCAAGAAAGCCAAGUAUUCAGGAAGCAGUGACUUGGGACAGUCUGAAGAAUGGCUUCCACAACAAAUGGAAAGUACCGCUAGUGCCCAGUCAGUUGAGAAGAAAUGUUCUAAUGGCAGCCCCAGAGCAACACUGAUUGUGUGUCCCCUGUCUGUGCUGAGCAACUGGAUGGAUCAGUUUGAACAACAUAUCCACCAAGAUUUUCAUGUAAAUAUUUAUGCUUAUUACGGUUCUGACCGUAGCAAAGACCCAUCAGUUCUUUCAGAACAAGACAUCGUGCUGACAACUUACAACAUCUUAGCUACUGAUUACGGAGUCCGAGGUGACAGCCCUUUACACAAAGUCAAGUGGCUGAGAAUUGUGUUGGAUGAGGGCCACACUAUACGAAAUCCAAACGCUCAGCAGACUAAAGCUGCCUUAAGUCUGGAGGGACACAGAAGAUGGGUACUUACAGGUACCCCUAUUCAGAAUUCUGUAAAGGAUUUGUGGUCUCUUAUUUCCUUUUUAAAGCUGAAACCUUUUACUGAUCGAGAGUGGUGGCACAGAACGAUUCAACGCCCAGUCACAAUGGGAGCUCCAGGAGGACUUGGGCGUUUACAGUCUCUGAUCAGGAGUAUUACCCUUAGAAGAACUAAAACGAGCAAAGUUAAAGGAAAACCCGUUUUGGACUUACCGGAACGUAAAGUACUUAUUCAGCACGUUACGCUUACAGAGGAAGAGAGACAAAUCUACCAGUCUGUGAAGACGGAGGGCAAAGCUGCCAUUAGCAGAUAUUUCAGGGAAGGGACUGUACUAGCUCACUAUGCUGACAUCCUUGGUGUCCUGCUCAGAUUGAGGCAGCUUUGUUGUCAUCCUCAACUUUGUAUAAACACAUCUUCUAGCUUUUCGGCUGAUGAUAAAACUCCGGAAGAACUGCAUGAAGCAUUAGUGAGUAAAAUGAAGUUGAUUCUGAGCUCUGGAUCAGAUGAAGAAUGUGCUGUUUGCUUGGAAUCACUGACUUUCCCUGUGAUCACACGCUGUGCGCAUGUGUUCUGUAAGCCGUGUAUUUUUGAAGUCAUCCGAAGCGAACAGCCAAAUGCCAAAUGCCCUCUCUGCAGGAACGAACUCCGAGUACAGCACCUGGUGGAAUGUCCCCUGGAAGAGGAAAUAGAGUCCAGUAAGGGAAAGAAGUCUCAGGAGUGGGUGUCCAGUUCCAAGAUAAAUGCUCUUAUGCACGCUUUGAUAGAGCUACGGAGGGAUAAUCCAACUGCUAAAUGCCUGGUUGUUUCUCAGUUCACAACUUUACUGUCGCUUAUAGAAAAUCCCCUGAAAGAAUCAGGGUUUGCCUUUACUCGUUUGGAUGGGUCAAUGGCACAGAAGAAAAGAGUAGAAGCAAUUCAGUGUUUCCAAAGCAGCCAGGCAGGAUCCCCAACUGUAAUGCUUUUGUCUCUGAAAGCAGGUGGAGUUGGAUUAAAUCUGACAGCAGCUUCCCGAGUGUUUUUAAUGGAUCCUGCUUGGAAUCCCGCUGCGGAGGACCAGUGUUUCGACAGGUGUCACAGGCUGGGUCAGAAGCACAAUGUUGUUAUUACGAAGUUCAUUGUGAAGGAUUCAGUGGAAGAAAAUAUGCUGAAAAUUCAGAACAAGAAGAGGGAACUUGCAGCAGGAGCCUUUGGUACUAAGAAGCCUUCAGCAAGUGAAGUAAAACAAACCAAAAUUAAUGAAAUUAAGGCUCUAAUUGAUUUAUAG